AUGUCUGUCUGUCUUCGUCUGCAGGACUCAUUAAUAACGGCAAUAUGGACGCUGACUCAAGAAGCCGAACUCGGCCAGCGUCCGGGCCGUGAUGGGGGACUCAACCCUAGCGAUGAAGAAUCACACAGUAGCUCCAGUCUGGAACCCUUCCUCUCGCACUUCGUAUCGCCAUUUCCCACCAGCUCCUGUGACGCGGUCGAAACGGUUCGCUGCCAUGCAACCACUGCUCCCGAUAUCCACCGUCUCGAUCCCGACCCUCCUGACUGGCUCCCUCGUCCCCGGCUCUUCCCGACUCCUGAGCCAGAGACUUCGUCAACACCGGCCACAGCCCUGUUUCUUCUUUCUCGCGACGUCUUCGUUGGAGAUCACCACCGCCGCUGCAUCCUGACCAUCGGAAUGUGGUGGAUUCGUGCUCAGGGGGGUUCAAUGUUAGUGCGCCUACAUAAAAUCAGACUGCCACCUGUGGCCUCAUCAUCUCAAUCACUACUACUCUUCACUUCUGCUUCCCCCAUCCAUUCCACCUCUGUUUCCUACUUUUCCACCUCUCCUACCUGUCCUCGUUCUAAGGCUGGUUUCACCGUGACUCAGAUCGCCCCCAUGGCUCGUUAUCCUGCGCAACAAAACCGGCCGGUCCAUGCAGUUCCAACAGAGACCAAUUACGACACCGCGAACCCUGCAUACAUUCGCAAAUAUCUCCGCACCUACGGUCUGACUCCCCCGCGUGCGGAGUCCUACGAAGUCCAGAAAACACGCUGCCUGGCCCAAUUGGCCCUGAAGAGCUCGCCGAUCGAUAAAUUCCUCUACCUAAGCACAAUUCGCAAGAAUAACGUGCAUCUAUUUUACCGUCUUGUGACGGAUCAUUUGAGGGAAUUGACCCCACUGAUCUAUACCCCAGUCGUGGGUGAAGCAUGCCAACGAUGGUCCGAGAUCUACCAGCAGCCGGAAGGCAUGUACCUGAGCUGGGAAGAUCGCGGCAAUCUGGCCGCCGUCAUAGCCAACUGGCCCCAGCCCAAUGUGGAGAUCACAUGCAUCACCGAUGGCUCCCGAAUUCUCGGUCUAGGUGAUCUUGGCAUCAACGGGAUGGGCAUCCCCAUUGGCAAGCUAGCUCUUUACACUGCAUGUGCGGGGAUUCGUCCCGAGGCCACCCUUCCCUUGACAUUGGAUCUGGGGACUAGCAAUAAGGCUCUCCGGGAAGACCCGCUGUACAUGGGUAGCCGACAUGACAAGAUCACCCCGGAGCAGGAGCGGGAGUUCAUGGAUGAGUUGAUGGCUGCUCUCACCGAGCAAUGGCCUGGCAUCGUCAUCCAAUUCGAAGACUUCAAGAAUCCGUUCCCCGCCCUGGAGCGCUACCGCGAUGUUUACACAUGCUUCAAUGAUGACAUUCAAGGGACGGGAGCUGUCAUUCUCGGUGGCGUCAUCAACGCCGUGAAGCGCUCCGGCGUUCCCUGCAAGGAUCAUCGCGCCGUGUUUUUUGGAGCGGGAAGUGCCGGCGUGGGUGUUGCGAAACAGAUUGUGGAUUUCUUCGUGCGGGAGGGUAUGACCGAGGAUGAGGCCCGCUCGUGCUUCUACCUGGUCGACACCAAGGGUCUCGUCACCCUGGACCGUGGUGACAAGCUCGCCGACCACAAGGUGUACUUCGCGCGGACGGACAACCAAGGCCAGCAGUGGAAGACUCUGGAGGAAGUUAUCGACCAUGUGAAGCCGACCAUCUUGAUGGGUCUGUCUACCCUGGGCGGUGUCUUCACCCCCGAUAUCCUGCGCAAGGUUGCGGAGUGGAACAAACACCCCAUCGUCUUCCCUCUUUCCAACCCUUCCUCGAAGUCGGAAUGUGACUACGAAACCGCCGUUACCCACACAGAUGGCCGUGUCCUCUUUGCAUCAGGCUCCCCUUUCCAGCCCUUCUCCUUCACCAACUCGGAAGGUGAGACUCGCACCUACUACCCGGGACAAGGCAAUAACAUGUACGUCUUCCCGGGUAUUGGUCUGGGUACUAUUCUCUCCAAGGCGGUCAAGGUCACCGACAGCAUGAUCUACGCCUCGGGUGACGCGCUUUCCCAGGCGCUCACCGCAGAGGAGAUCGACCGGGGUCUCUUGUAUCCCGACCUAACUCGCAUCCGCUCGGUCAGCGUGGUGGUGGCUCGCAAAGUCAUCCGAGCCGCCCAGGAGGCAAAAGUAGACCGGGAGGCAACUCUGCGCACGAUGGACGAUGCCGCCCUGGAUGCGUGGAUCAAGUCCCGCAUGUAUGACCCUCACUCCGAAGUGCUGGCCUUGGAGAGGGAAGUGGGUGCUCUGUUGUCAAAUCUGGGCCCGGGCUCGCUGCCUUUGAACGGACUCUCAAACGAGGAAGCCGACAAGAAUGCUAAGCUGUAA